AGUUUUGAGAAUUUUCAUUCUGCAUCUCUCUCUUUUCUCUCUCUAAAUCUCUUGAGUGUAUAAUGCACGAACCUAUGAAAAUGAAGAAAACAGCUAUACUGUUGGUGCUGCUAUGUGCCACCCUCCAAGUCGGUUCAUCACUAAUUGAUGGAUUAUUGCCAAACGGCAAUUUUGAGCAAGGUCCAAAACCAUCACAAAUGAAGCACACAAUAGUGAUUAACCCUCACGCUAUACCCCAUUGGGAACUAUCAGGUUAUGUUGAGUACAUUAAAUCAGGCCAAAUGCAAGGUGACAUGUUACUUCCAGUGCCACAAGGUGAUUUUGCAGUUAGACUUGGCGAAGAUGCUUCCCUUAAAACCAAAGUUGUGAAUGUCACAAAGGGAACAUUCUAUGCUCUAUCUUUUGUCUUUGCUAGGACUUGUGCUCAAGAAGAAAGACUCAAUGUGUCAGUAACACCUAGUAAAGAACCCAAAGACUGGGGAAUGUUGCCAUUGCAGACAAUGUAUAGUAGUGAUGGUUGGGAUACUUAUUCUUGGGGUUUCUUCGCUGAGGCCAAUGUGAUUGAAAUUGUGCUCCAUAAUCCUGCACGUGAGAAGGACCCUGCUUGUGGCCCCCUCAUUGAUUUCGUCGCGCUCAAGGCUUUGAAAACCCCCCACAGACCAAAAGGCAAUAUGUUGAAGAAUGGAAAUUUUGAGGAGGGUCCAUACAUCUUCCCAAACACAAACUGGGGCAUUCUAAUUCCUCCCAACAUAGAAGAUGAUCAUUGUCCAUUACCUGGAUGGAUAAUCGAAUCUCUCAAGGCCGUAAAAUACGUUGAUGCUGAACACUUCACCGUGCCAGAGGGCAAGCGCGCCGUCGAGUUAGUCGCCGGAAGAGAAAGUGCAUUAGCACAACAAGUCAUAACCAAAGCAGGAAAAAUUUAUGAUCUGAUUUUCACUGUUGGAGAUGCUAACAAUUCUUGUGAAGGGUCUAUGCUAAUUGAGGCAUUUGCUGGAAAAGUUGCAUUACAAGUUCGCUAUAUGUCCAAAGGCAAAGGUGGUUUCAAACGUGCAAAACUUAGGUUUACUGCAAUUUCUCGACGCACAGGGGUUAGGUUCUUGAGCACAAAUUAUCAUAUGAAGAGUGAUAAUUCUGGCUCUUUGUGUGGUCCUGUGAUUGAUGAUGUUAGGUUAGUCAGCGUUCGCAAUCCACGCAUUCCGUAGAUCAAUUAAUUAAUUAAUGAGUUUAUGUUCUAUGCACUAACAAUAGUGUAUACAACUUAAUUAAUAAGGAAACAACUUACAUUAUGUUAUGUUAUCUUUUUAUUUGGUUGCUUGGUUA